AUGUCUCUCAACCAGUCAAUCGACGACUGGGGCGUCGACCUAAUCGACAACGACGUGUGGUUCCCCAACAAGCCGUACGACAACGAGUGGUACUCGGAUCGACCACGGAGUCUGGUGCAGGUUCUGCACAAAGGCGAAUUCGUCGACAAGCCCGACUCACACACUGCGGACGAGUUUGCCGACAAGAUGAAGUCGCACUUCCGGGCCGGAGCGCUGUCAUACAUCUGGGGCAAGGAGAACGUGUUUAUUAUCAAGCUCAAAUCCGAAGUCAAGGGCACCAAGCCCUGUGAUAUCGAUUGGGACACGUGGGACACCGAGGCCAUCUGCAUGGAUGGCGUCGCCUACGUCUUUCACAAAGUCAAGUCCGGCCACGACGCGCUCAAGGAAGACGCGCGCAAGCUCGACAAGCCUUACGGCUACGAUAAGGUGGAGAGUGACUACGGACUCGACUACAAGAAAUUAAUCCGCGCCGCCGAGGAGUCGCAGAAGGGCGGUUACUUCAAGAAAUGGACCAGCGAGGAGGCCCUGGGUAGCUUUGACGACCCGGACGACACAAAGACCUUUAACAUCCCCGUCUGUGAUCUCGACGAUAACUGGACUGCGCAAAGUUCCAAGGGUUUCGAUUAUAAGUUCAUUUCGGUGAGUUUUGUCUCUUUUUCUCUCUUUGCUGUGGCCAUUUAG